AUGAAGAAAAUAUUAUCUCUUUUCAUCAUUGUCGCUGUAUUUCUUCCUUUCUGUUCGAGUCUUCGAACACCAUCGUUAGACCAAGGAUGGAAAUUAUUUAAAAAUCUUCAUGGAAAACAAUACAAUUCAAUCGAUGAAGAAGCUAGACGAACGAUCUGGGAAGAAAAUGUCCGUAUGAUCCAAACGCAUAACUUAGAAGCGGAUUUAGGUCUCCAUACAUUCACAAUGAAAGUCAAUCAAUUCGCUGAUCUUACAAAAGAUGAGUUCGUCAAACAAAUGAAUCAAUUGAAAAUGAGUUCCGAACGUAAAUCCAAUGGAAAAAUUCACAUUCCAUCAAACAGAAAACUUCCAGCAUCUGUUGAUUGGCGUACGAAAGGAUACGUUACACCUGUAAAAGACCAAAAACAAUGUGGUUCGUGUUGGGCAUUUUCAACUACUGGUACACUUGAAGGACAACUUGCCAAAAAGACUCAAAAACUUGUUUCUUUAUCUGAACAACAACUUGUUGAUUGUUCAACAGAUUACGGAAAUUAUGGUUGUUCCGGUGGUUUGAUGGAUAAUUCAUAUAAUUACCUGAUGCAUAGUCAUGGAAUCGAUACCAAUGCAAGUUAUCCUUAUGAAGGUGUUGAUGGAAAAUGUCGUUUUAAUGUGAAAACCAUUGCGACGGAUAUCACUAAUUAUGUUGACAUCAAAGCUGGAUCAGAAGCUGAUCUUCAAGAUGCUCUUGCAACAAUCGGUCCCAUCGCUGUUGCUAUGGAUGCAAGUCAUGAUUCAUUUCGUUUUUAUUCAUCAGGCGUAUACUCCGAACCAUCAUGUUCAUCAACAACGUUAGAUUUUUCACUUUUGGCCAUCGGAUACGGUACAACACAAGAUAAUCAAGAAUAUUACUUAUUGAAAAACCAAUGGACAACACGAUGGGGUAUGGAUGGAUACGUUCUAAUGGCAAGAAAUAAAAAUAAUCAAUGCGGUCUUGCAACAACGGCUAGCUAUGCUUUGAUUUAA